AUGGGUCGCUCCAACUCGCUCAGUCUGAACACGACUGGAGCUAAUCUCUUCGGACAGCAGCCACAGAAUAAUAAUAAUCCCCCUUCACAGGCUGGCAGCUUGUUCGGCGGGCCGGCAGCGUCACAGGGUCAGGGUCAAGCUGGUGGCAGCUUGUUUGGAGGCAGUACCGGUGGUGGUGGAGGCCUGUUCGGCAAUACUACGAACACGAACGCUUCACAGCCACAGCCACAACAGGCGGGAGGACUGUUCGGGAACUCGACCGCACAACAACAACCUGCAGGAGGGAGUCUUUUUGGCAACACCACCCAACAGCCACAACAGCAACAGCAGAGUGCUGGCCUCUUCUCCAACAUGCCUCCCAACCAAACCAGCAACAACACCACAGGCGGCGGCCUCUUUGGCUCCCUCAAUCAGCAGCCUACACAACAACCACAGCAAAACACCACCAGCCUCUUCGGCACAAGCGGCACAUCUCUCUUCGGCAACGCACCCGCCAACAACCAGCAAGUGACGGGCAACAUGUUCCACCCCUCCCAAAACCCAACCAGCCAACGCCCACCCGGCAACUCCCUCUUCGGCAUGAGCGCCGUCAACCCCAACCAACUCAACGCCAGUCUCCUCGGCGCCUCCCAAUUCCGCGCCUCGCAAAACCCCUCCCAACUCCCGGGUCGCCUAAGCAUGGGCCAAGCACCCCCCACCGCCCAGCAACAAGCCGCUACAAUCGGCGCGGUCAAAGUCCACAUGAACGACCUCAGGGGGAUAACCCGCUUCGCCGACUGUGUGGACGAGGUACAGAACCAGUUCGAGACUAUGGAUACCAUGAUCAAGAACCAGGAGAAAUUCUGCCGUGAGAUCCAGGCAUUGCUGGGGAAGCAUGAGCAGGAUGUCGAAUCCAUUGCUCCUAGUGUAGCUGUGGUGAGGGAGAAAGCGAGGGACGUGGAGAUGGCGCUGGAGACGGAUGCGCAGAUUGUGGACGGGAACAGGAAGAUACUUGAGAGUGACCGGAAGGAUUUCGGGCGCGCGCAGAGGGUGGCGGAGAACCUACUCCUCCCUCCUUCCUACCAAGUCCCAAAUGCGGUCGCUGGGUAUGGCACCGGUGCGCGAAGCGGCAAUACCGACGACUACGACACCGACCUCAUCGGGAACUACUUCCUCCCCCUCACCACUUCCCUGCAAACCCAGCUCGAACAAUACACCAACAACCUCACCGAGAUCGAAAACCACAUGCGCGUCAUCGAGUCUUCUGCCGUGCAACAAGCACAACAUCUAGCUGCCAAACGAGCCGGGAUCGCGGCGGGUGGGAAUGGUGGUCGUGGUGGUGGUGGGAGUGGUGAGGAGACGGUCCGGGAUCUGGCGGAGACGUUGAGAGGGUUCGAGGCGAGUAUACUUGGGGUGGCGGGCGUGGUGGGGGAGUGUAGGGAAGGUGUUGAUGGGUUGGUGUUGGGGAGGUUGGGGGAGAGGGGGCAGGUUGGUGGGCGUGGGUGGUGA